GACAUCACCAUUGAUAUGAACUAUUAUUGGCAUCUUCAAACCCUUUCUUGCAUUUUGGUUCCAGUGGCACAAUAAAUUAAAAAAUUCUAGAAAUAUGAGACGUCCCGGUGGACAUUACGGUGGUGGUGCUGAUUCCGGCGCUGACGCUACAUAUAACUCAGGCCCUCAUACGAUGCAACAGCAGCAGAUAAAAUCUGAACAUAAUCAAUGGAGAUGGGAACGAGAGAGCCCUAAAUUACCCACUAAUUCCAUGUCUCCCAACAUGUUUCCUGAUGGUCAGGGGAGUGAAGCGUGUAGGUCCUACUACCAGGGCCAGAGGACUGAUCCAAGGAUGGCAUUAGAGAAUCAAGGUGGCAAGGAUCCCAGAGCACAGCCUCGUGAAGAAGACAUGGAUAUUGGUUACGAAGAUAAUCCGGUGCAGCCGUCUUUGGAAGGGCUAGAAAAAAAAAUUCUUGAUGAUAUAAUGAAACUCACCAAGGAACAAAAUGAUGCAGAAGAUGCAGAAAAUUUUAGGCAUAGGGAGCGGAUAAAUGCAAUCAAUGCACAAUAUCAAGAACAGCUAGUUGCCCUUCGCUCUCAGCAUGCUAGUCGCAGAGAUGAAGUCCUUGGAAGGGAGUCUCAUGCCAGAAAACAACAGUAUGAGCAAGUUGCUUUGGAUAACUAUCCACGUAGUAGCAUGAGCGUUAACAAUGCUCGUGGAUUUGUGGCAAUGAACUCCCCAUCAGGAGAACGGCAAGCAGCUCGUGGAUUUGUGGCAAUGAACUCCCCAUCAGGCGAACGACAAGCAGCAGCCUAUAAUGCUGAUAAUUAUGACUCUUAUAGGGAGAAUGCUCGAUAUCUUGGCAGUGGAAGGGAUCAUGGGUAUGAACCUAGAGUCCAAUACCCUGGGGGUCGUGUUUAUGACACUGGUUCACGCUACUAUUGAGUAACUGCUUAGGGGUAGUAUCUACUCUAUCUUUUAGUUUGUUUGGGCUAGGUGCUUGUAGCGGCAUAUCAUACUCGUCUUUAUAGCUUUUAUCAGAUGGCAGUGAAGAUCAUAUAUGCUUGUAAUCCGUGUUGUAAUAAGAAAAUUACUCGUCUUUAACCUUCUAGUCUCCAUCCUGACGAUUCAUGAUCUUGGCAUGGAUUGCUGAGGAAGAUCAUCUGUUACAGUCUGGAAUCUUCUUGAAUGAUUUUAUCCUGGUUUAUUAAUACUACGUAAUACCAGUAAGUAAGAAGUG